GCGGAAUCUGAACAUCUGGCCACAAACUACUCCAGAGUCUUCCAUCCCAGCUCGAUGGCUCCCUGAAUUCGAUCGCGCUCGUGCACUCCCAAUCGAUAGCCGUCAACUGUUCUUCCUCUCGUGAUCUUGACCGCCGCGAUUCUUCCCGAUUUCCUAAACCAGCAGGCCGGGGUUGAGCAACCAACCCGCGACAUCCAGCCCUGACAUCAUCGACCAUGGCGCUCCCAUUCCCGCAGGCGACCAUCAAGCUCGACUACCCGCUCUAUGCAGUCAGCUUUGAUCCUCAGGAUGCCAAUCGCAUAGUUGUCGGCGGCGGUGGCGGCGUUGGCCGUUCUGGCGUGGGCAACAAGAUUUCCGUUGUUGAAACCGUCGACCAGGGCGAACUUCGAGUGGCUGGAGAUAUCGACCUCUCUCGCGAUGAGGACAGCGUCAUGUCGCUCGGCGUCGUUGGCGCUGUUGACGACAAGCCCUCGUACAUUUUCGCGGGCAUCAACUCGGCUCCCAAAGAAAUCACCAAGGGAAAGAACUUCCACCUUCGAACCUUUUCCAUCGAGCAGACCAAGUCGCGAGCUGCCGGUGCUAAGAACCCCGAUGUACAGGUCGCAGAGGUGUCUCGAAGCUCCUACUUCACCGACCGGGAUGCCGAAACCUACCAGCGCGUGCUGCGCGUGUCUGGAUCCGUUGGCGCCGCCGCUACAGGCAUGGGAAAGGAGCCUCAGCUGGCCAUAUUCGAUGCCAUCGGACCCAAGCCCAAAGUCAAGGGCGUGCUGGACUUGACCAAGGAUGCGGAAGACCUGGAUGUCAUUCAGGACGAAAAGAAUGGAGAACACCUGGUUGUCUACUGCCACAAGCAAGAACUGUACUUGGUCAAGGUUGGCAAGAAAAAUUCGGAGCCGCAACUCAUCUUCACCAUGACAGACGAUCAUGGCGAGCUGCCCGCAUUCCGCUCCGUUCGAUUCGUAACACCCAACUUUGUCCUUGCUGCGUCCAACCUACCAAAGUCGAGCGGCGUUCUCCUCCAGGGAUUCCGACUGCCAAGCCCAGGUCAUGAGAUGGCACGGAUAUCUGUGAAUGUACGUAUCCCGAAGAAAAUCUCUGCCACUGCCCUUGCAGUCGCAAACGUAUCGCCGACCGCGUCUUCGUCGACACCAACUAGCACUACGCAGUUCAUCAUUGCGGUAGCCGGCAACGACGCCUCCAUAACUUUCUACACCAUGGAUCACAAAGCUCUUGCCUCGAUUGAGCUUCUUGCCAACCUGCACCCGCUGUACACAUUGAAGGACGUUCACAAAGGUGAUAAUAUCACCGGCCUGGCGUUUUCCAACUUUAUCCCUCCGAAGCAGCAUCUCACUCAGCAAUUCAUCAAAUUGGCCAGCAUAUCUCUCCAGCGCGGUGUCGCCGUCCACAGCAUCGCUCUAAAGAGGCAUGUUGAUGCAUCUUCCGCAAAGACCCCCGGUGAUGCACCAGUCCGAUAUGUCACAGCCAUGCGUGCCAAGGCGCCCUCCAGGCGAUCUCUCGUCAUCACCCUCACCAUCAUGGUUCUCAUCAUGGCCAUAAUCGGGCAGGGUGUCAUGGAGAUCUACGGCGUGAGCAAGCCCAUCCUCAAUCCGCAAAGGUUCUUCAACCCUUGGCAUGGCACUUUGCGCGAUCCGACUCACCCACCGGCUGCGUUUUCCAAGGACUAUCUCGUCUCUCGACUAGUUGGUAGCGGCAUUGAUACCGCUGAGACGCUCGUCAUGUGGGAGGCCGACCAUCCCGCUGUGGACCAUGAUGGCAAGAAGAUCAAUCUGGAUGUCCAUGAUGAAGAGGUCCACGGUCCCGCCAAGACGUGGGAUGAGCUUCCUGCAGCACAAAAGGAUGCUUGGAAGCAAAGAAUGCAGCAGGCUGGUGCGUGGACGCAGAAUAUGGGAGAGAGUGUGUUUAGGGGCAUCCUCUUUGGUGAGCUGGCAGGGGCUGUUGGCCAUGCCGUCGCGGAAGGGCUGGCUUAAACGGCCCCCGUUUUCACGGCAACCUUCCCUUUUUCUUCUUUCCAUGUAACGAUAUGCUCAAUAUGGUGGUUGGCAGUUGAUUAUGUAUGAUGGAUUUGGGACCUUGGUGGGGUAUUCAACUUUUGCCGGGACGUUAGUUGUCCCAUGGCUAAUUUCGAGAAUAUGAGCAAAGGACGCUCCGGACUCUUGAUGAUAAUUGGUCUCAGAAGUAGCAGUAUAUAAUGGAGCUAAUGGAUGUACAAUUGCU